AAGAAAUCUAACAGAAUGCUGUCCGAAAUGUUCAGAUCGGGCAUAUUUAAGAAAGAAUUUCGUCGUCAGCUGCUGGUUACAUUGAGUGCAAUACUUAUAACACUCUGUCAUGGCAUCGGAUUGGGCUGGCUGUCUCCGAUGCUGCCGCAGCUGCAGUCGUCGGUGGAGACGCCCGUUGACUUUGUGAUUGAUGUGCACGAGUCCUCUUGGCUGGGCGCCAUGCUCAGUUUGGGUGCUCUCACGGGCAAUUUUCUCUUCUCCUGCAUAAUGAAUCGGUUUGGACGGAAAGUAGCGCUCUACGGCCUCGCCCUGCCGAACACGUGUAUUUGGUUUUUGUUCUAUUUCGCGGAAUCCAUUGAAAUGCUCUACGUGGCCAGGGUUUGCGCUGGCUUAACGGGCGGUGGCAUGUCCCUGGUGCUGCCCAUUUUCAUUGGCGAAAUCGCAGACAGGAGCAUUCGCGGCCGACUGUGCUCCUUCUUCAACUUGGCCAUCAAUCUAGGCAUAUUGCUGGGCUUCAUUAUAUCUUCGCAUGUGCCCUACCAUGUGAUUCCAUGCGCCGUAGUGGCCCUCCCUCUUAGCUAUCUCUUGUUAGCCACACGAUAUCCGGAGACCCCCCAGCAGCUGCUGCGAUGGGGUCGAGAGGAGGAUGCAAAGCGCUCUUUGAAGUUCUACUGCAACUGCGAUGGGCCGUCGCCCACUCGGGACUCACUUUACGCCUAUCAUAAGCAGUUCGAAGAACUGCGCGAGAGCCUUCAGCAGCAAGCCAAGAGCAGCUCCACUGUGGGCCUAAGCAUGGCUGACUUCUGCAACAAGCGCGCACUGAAGGCCAUUGUCACUGGAGUUACUUUAAUGAUAUGCUACAUAUUCACCGGCACAUUCUCCUUCAUCAACUACAUGUCUAGCAUCUUCGAGCGGGUGCACACGCAGCUGGAUCCCAACACUAAUACGAUUAUCAUUGGAGCAGUUCAGAUUGUGGGCACGCUGGCUUCCAUCUAUCUAGUGGAUCGUUACGGACGCAAGAUACUUCUAAUUAUCUCGUGCGUGGGCAGUGCACUGGGCACGGGUGCAUUUGGCCUUUACGCCUUCUAUGGAGAGGAGACGGACGCAGAUCUGAGCGCCUACUCCGCCUGGCUGCCCGUCACGAUAAUGGCCUUCAUCAUAUUCCUGGCCAAUGUGGGCAUCAUCUCUGUUGCUAUGGUGGUGCUGGUGGAGGUCCUUCCACAGAAGAUUCGCGCUGUUGCCACUAGCGCGUGCCUGGCCUGCCUUAGCUGCUUUUCGUUUGUGGCGCUCAAAAGUUUCCCCCUAAUGAUGGAGUUCCUGGGCCUGGCGGCCACCAUGUGGGGCUGUUCAGCGGUCAGCACGUUGUGCCUCUUCUAUGCGGUGGUCUUUGUCGAGGAGACAAAAGGCAAAUCCAUGAACUAUUAAUAUGGGGAUAUCUAAUUAAGUAAUUCAUUUAGCAAAACAAGGGAGAGCGAAGCAGCAAUACUUUAGAUU